AUGGCUCGCCAAUUGUCGUACACCACUUAUCGCGCCUCCCGUCGCCCACCACCACAACCACCACAACACUCCCGCCUCCUCCGCCACCCCCACCUCCACCCACACCUCGACGUCAACAAAGCGGAAAUUCGAUUUUGCUCGUUUGGCCGAAUCUGCGACCCGAAAGGACGAUCCGCCCCACCCCCACCCCCACCCCCACCACAACAAACUCUGUUUCCCGGUUCUGGUCUGGAACUGUUGGCCCGCAAGUACGCCCGCGCAGGUCGAGGCCAACGACCGAAAAAGGAGUUUAUUUGCAAAUACUGUCAAAGAAGAUUCACCAAAAGCUAUAAUCUCUUAAUCCACGAAAGAACGCAUACCGACGAACGACCCUAUACUUGCGAUAUUUGCGGAAAGGCGUUCCGACGCCAGGAUCACCUCAGAGACCACAGAUACAUUCAUUCGAAGGAAAAGCCGUUCAAAUGUUUGGAUUGCGGAAAAGGGUUUUGUCAGUCGCGAACUCUGGCCGUUCACCGAAUCCUCCAUUUGGACGAUUCGCCGCACAAGUGUCCGCAAUGCGGUCGCGCUUUCAACCAGAGAUCGAAUCUGAAGACACAUCUGUUGACGCAUACGGAUAUCAAACCAUUCGAAUGCAGAGAUUGUCGGAAAGUCUUUCGCCGUAAUUGUGAUCUCAGAAGACAUCAAUUGACUCACAAUCAGUCGACUCAAGGAGGUCUUCCCUCGCCUUCCCGAUUCUGCGACGCCGAGUGCCGCAAAGCCCACGGAUCAGCUGACGAUAAUUCAACCAAAGAAGAAGACGUCUUAGACGUUGAUGUCGAACAUUAA